UUUGGUAAUUUAAUUUUGCCCUGAGAAGUUCGUACAUUAGGAGGGAGGAUUCCUCGAGGAGUACGCCAUUUCGACAGGUCUUUGGGAGAAAGAGAAUAGCCAAAUCGUAUUUUACAUUUCUCAGAGCCACUCUUUUUUCUCAAGUGAAAAAGAAUGGCGUCAGAUCCAAAGGUUCACGAAUUUGAAGAGGUCGUCAAGCACAAUAAAACCAAGGAUUGUUGGCUUAUUAUUUCUGGCAAGGUGUAUGAUGUAACACCAUUCAUGGAUGAUCAUCCAGGAGGCGAUGAAGUUUUGUUGUCUGCGACUGGGAAGGAUGCAACAAAUGACUUCGAAGAUGUGGGGCACAGCGAUUCGGCUAGGGAGAUGAUGGAGAAAUACUACAUAGGCGAGAUUGAUUCAUCAACCAUUCCGGUAAGGAAAAUGAAGCUUCCACAGCAGCUACCACCAUACAGUCAGGACAAGACUCGAGACUUUGUGAUUAAGAUACUGCAGUUCCUUGUACCUCUCCUGAUUCUGGGAUUGGCUGUUGCCGUCCGACACUUCACCAAGAAAGACUAGGCAUCAAUGUGAAUUAUUAUUGUUGGAGCGAAGGACCAUCUCUGUCGGCAUUUAGGUAUGAAUUGGUGGUCUGAAAUCAUUCGCAUUGUUCAUAUUGUGUCAGAAAACUGUUUAGUUGGUAACUGUUUGAUGGUGCAUCAGAGACCAUGGCGUCAUGAUUGCUAGUUGUUUCAGUCUUACAGGAUGAGUUGAUUUUUGUUGAAUUAUAAGCAGGAUAGUGUUCUUUGUUAGCUGUACUUUUCUCAUAAUUUUGAUUAAGCACUUGCAAAAUGAUGGGUUAUGAGGACAUGGUAUGUUUUCGUA